GCCCCUGGAGAACACUUCCGGCGCAGCGGAAUUCCGGGUGCGAGCGCUGGCCGAGCCGGCCUCUUGUAGUGGAGGAGGCCCAAUGAGUGCGGCGCCCCUGGUGGGCUACAGCAGCAGCGGCUCGGAGGAUGAGGAUGAGUCCAAAGCGGAGGCCGAGGCGGGGGCCCAGGCGCGGCUGGGGGCUGGAGUCUGCCCUCGCGCCCAGAGCCCCCUUCCCAACCAGAGGUUGCCGGUACCUGACAGUGUGCUGCACAUGUUCCUGGGCACCGAAGAAGGGCCUGAGGAUGACAGUGCAAAACAUGGGGGCCGGGUGCGCACCUUCCCCCACGAGCGAGGCAACUGGGCCACCCACGUCUUCGUGCCUUAUGAAACCAGGGAGGAGUUCCUGGACCUGCUCGACACGUUGCUGCCCCUCGCGCAGACACACGUCCCCCGGCUGGUCCGGAUGGAAGCGUUCCACCUCAGCCUGUCCCAGAGCGUGGUGCUGCGGCAUCAUUGGAUCCUUCCCUUCGUGCGGGCUCUGAAGGACCGCGUGGCCUCCUUCCAGCGAUUCUUCUUUACUGCCAACCGUGUAAAGAUUUAUACCAAUCAAGAGAAAACGAGAACCUUCGUUGGGCUCGAGGUCACGUCGGGGCACACCCAAUUCCUGGACCUGGUUUCAGAGGUAGACAGAGUCAUGGAGGAAUUUGACCUCACCACUUUCUACCAGGACCCCUCCUUCCACGUCAGUCUGGCCUGGUGCGUGGGUGAUGUGCGUCCCCAGCUGGAAGGGCAGUGCCUGCGGGAGCUGCAGAAAAUUGUGGACGAGUUUGAAGACUCCGAGAUGGUGCUGCGUGUGCACGCCGAGCAGGUCCGUUGCAAGUCUGGGCACAAGUUCUUCUCAAUGCCUCUGAAGUGAGCAUCAGAGGCCCACAUCCCGGGCCCCUCUGCAGGCCGGCGGAGAUGGAGGAGCCGGCCCCCAUCCAUGGGGAUGCUCCCAGCCUCCCACUGGGAAGCCUGGCCUCGUCCCCAGGUCCCCAGCUCCCAGGGGGCUGGUUCUCUCCUGGGUCAGAAGGUCCAGUGCUGCUACAUGCCGUCAUUGUCAGGAACCACCAGUAGAGGGCAGCCUGGGAUUCCUAGUUCUAGGCCUGUGGUCCUGCCCUGCACAAAAGAAAGUAGGGUCACCGGAUGAGCCCGCCCAGACUCAGCCCAGACUCAGCCAGAAUCCCCACCAUAGCCCCUCCAACAAAUGCCCCUCUCACACACCCUUCCCCCUUCAGCCGUUUGCAUUUUGAUGCCCUUGGCCACCACCAGGGCUUUCAACACCAUCUUGCCCUGCCUCUUCCGCACUCACGCUGGAACAGGGUGCUUUAUGAGUCCGUCACCCUCCCUCCUUGAAGCGAGUCACUUUUAUUUAUUUAUUUUUGGUCUCACCCCUCCUGUGCCAGCGGAGGGCAUUUCAGGGCCAAGGUACAGAGUGCUAAUUUGCGGUUGUACAUCAGUUUGCUCCGUUCCUGCCUCCCACUCGCCCCCAGCCAGGUGCCUGGGGAGACGUGAGCAGAUGUUUUGCUUUGGCCUGGCUCAUGGCUCUAAGCCAGGCCCCCAAGGCUCUGUGACCUCUGGCUUCUCAUCAGCUUUCCCAAAGAGGUGGAGCAGCACCUUCCCCCAAAGUCCUCUUUCUGCUGCCUUCAGCUGCCUGCUGUGGGCCACAGGCGUUCCGAGGGCGCCCAGGGCUUUUGUUUUCCAUCAAGCCCUUCUCCAGAGCAAAAAGCCAGUCCUCCCCAGUUGUCAUCUGGAUCUCUGGUGAUGGAUAAAGAGAUAUUUUUAAGUGGUAGUCUUAAGUGAUGUUCAACAAAUGAAAAUUGCAGUUUUAAUUUUG